AUGCUGGUGUUCCGCGACGCCAUUGCGAAGAACGGUGGGCCGCUGCCGCUCUUGUAUUACCUGCAGCCCGAUGCUGGCGAUACGCCAGACCGUGGCGCGGCACAGUACCGCGGCAAGUCGAUCGACCUCCUCAACACCCGUGUCGACCGGCGCACCUUCUUUGAAUGCGUCCUGAAUGAUGCGGACUUUGCAACUCUGACGACAUUCAUGAUGAGCGGCGUCCCGAUCAACGCCACCCGCGACGAAGAUGGCGCGUCGGCGCUACACGUUGCAGCAGCCGGUACACUGAAGGUGCUGAACGACGACGACUCUCAGGGUGGUGGAAGCAGCGGCCAGGCUACAGGCUGUAAGGGUGCUGGCGGUAGAAGCGCGCGUGAGUGUCACACUUCGACUGACGAGGAGGAGGUGCUCGCCGAUGACGGUGAGGAAAGCGGCGGUAGCACUGGCCGCGUGUUGGGCCCGCUGUGUAAAAAUCGACUCAUCAUUUCGUUCCUCAUCGACAACGGAGCCGACGUGAACGCGGCCAUGCGCGGUGGGAAGGGGCAGACGCCGCUCAUGGUAGCCGCCGCACGGCAGAACACACAAACGGUGAAGCUUCUACUGGAAAAGGGUGCCGAUGUGAACGUGCAGGACGCACAAGGACUCACAGUGCUGAGCUACGCGGUCGCCUACCCGCUCGUGAUGGAGGCCCUGCGGCUAUGGAUAGGCGAGGAGGUGUUCUACGCGGCGGCGAUGCGGGAGCGGCUGCUGCACACGGCGUGCCGCUCCCUCGGCAACACCUACGCAGCACUUUACCUUAUUGAAGAAAUCGGGCUGGAUGUACACAUGAGCGAUGGCAACGGCGCUGCGGCAGCCACUGGUACGCCAGCGACAGUUCUGUAUGGCCAAGCCUCGCCUGCUGGUGCGAGUAGCCCUCAGCAGGACUGCGUCCACCACCACUCCCACACACCCAACACUGCAUCGAUGUUCUUCGCUGGGGAUGCCCCAGAUGGCAUGCGCAACGCAGAGAGCUCUGCGCAAUCCUCUGCCAACUCAGUGCCGCCCACUACGAACGUCACCAUAAUGGCGACGGCUAAACACCUCGCCCACCCCCCUUCUGCUGGCGUCGGCAGUGCAGGUGGUGCUGCGGUCGAAGCCAUCAACAUGCGCACUUUGCACAACGGUGACACGCCGCUGCACUAUGCGGUGAACACCUUUGACGUGGCCCUCGUUCGAGCGCUACUCAGCAAGGGUGCCGACGUGCACGCGGCCAACUACAUCGGAACCACGCCACUGCAGCUCGCCCAGUCGCAGUCAUCGUUUGCCCAGUCGUGGAAGCAAUACUGGAAGGACGAGCUUAUUGUGUGGCUGCGGCCCACGUCCGCCAGUGCCGCCGCUGCUCGGCGCCGACGUCGUGAGCGGCAGCAUGACAGAAACCCAAGCCGUGUCCGAGCGCUGCUGAGGGCGUUCAGUCGCGCGAACACCACGUCAUCACGCGAGAAAGUGUUGUGCGAUGACCCGGCGCUACACCUCUGGCAGCUCUCCGCUCCUAUGGACGCUGUGCUGUUCGUCGCAACGGCAACGCUGCCGCACAUCCUCUUCUACGUCUGUUGCUGCAUCGUUCGAAACUUCUUCGUGUUGCUGUGCCCGUUGCCCCUCAUGUAUGCUUCCUACCUGGCGAUACAGCGCCGUGACAGCCACCGGGCUGGCAGCCGCCCCCUUAGUAGCCUGGGCUGGUGCAUGGGCUUUAUCCUCGCCCAAGGGCUAUGCCUGCUGCUCUACACCAUGUACUACUGUAUUAAGCACUACAGCGUGAACCUGGAGGACCACAACGCGCUCAUUUGGUGGCUCUUCCCCAGCGUCACUGCCACGGCGGUGUUAACGGUGUACGUGGUGCUCUUCUCCUCCGCGGGGCUCGUGACGAGCUCAGAAGGGCAACGCAAGGGCAUCUACGCGAGUCUGCGGGGUGUCAAGGGUGACUAUCCCAAGUCGCUCCUUUACGGCAUGGACCUGCGCUCAAUGGUCAAGAAACCGCUUCGGGCGCAGUACUGUCCGCAGCUGCAGCGCGUCGUGCUCCGCUACGACCACUUUUGCACCCACCUCAGCACCGCCAUUGGCGGCGGCAACCACCGCGCGUUUGUGUGGCUGCAAGUCGCGCUACUGUCAACGCUGUGCUGCUUCUACUACUACGCGUAUGAGUAUAGGCAUCUCGUGAGCAGCGCCGCGAGUGUGGCGCGCGCAGUGGCGGGGGUGGAUCGUGUCGCUCUGGCCAAAUUCGAAGUGGCGCCCUUUGCAACUGCCGGGGGCCGCUUCGCCUACAUGUACUCGCAGGUGAUCCUGCCCUUGAUGAUCCUGAUGACCGCGUAUGCCCUGUGCACGCAGCUAUACGCGAUAGCCCGGAACUUGACCCUCUACGACCUCGCGCAUAGUGAGGACGAGAGUAGUGUGUACUGUUUUACCCUAGGCGACGUGGUCUACAGCCUGUUCGACAAUGGCAUGUGGGCCAACCUCCGCGAGUUCUUCGGCCGGUCCUCGCUCACGCAGCAGGUGUACCGGGUUCCGCAGAUCAAUCCAUACCUGGAGCAGCUCAUCAAGGACCAUCAGCGGUGGCAGUUGACCAACGUUGACAACUGCUGUGACGGCCACGAUCAUCAGCAUCAGUCCUGCUCACACGCAAGCAGUGGUGACCACUCAUGCAGUGCUGCAGCACCAACAGGCGCCACCAGCGCUACCACGACGAUGGGGAAACUGGUGGACCCGGCUGAGUGGGGUGCACACGAGUCCGGCCGAGCUCAGCAGACACUGAGGGCGCAGCAGCAAGAGCAGCACUCGGUAUCACAGGCCGAAAGGGGCAGAGAAGAGGAGUGCGGCGCGGACGAAUACUACGGUGACGACAACGGUGACGGGGGCUCAGCAAUGGCGAUGAACAUCUUUCAAGAGAUGGUCCGCAGCGGCCUCACCGAUGUUGAACGUCAUGACGCCAUAGCCGCCAUGACAGUGGCGGCGCGCGGCGGCGGCGGCGGCGCGGAUGCAAAGACGCAGCAAGAGUGGAAUGCGGCGGUGGAGAAGGCGAAGCAGAUGUACCGCUUCUAUCUGAAGUCGAUCGGUGGCAGCGGCGCCGAUGUCUGA